GAUUUUAGAAGUAAGGAAGAAGGUCUCUACGACAUGGUAAAACGACAAUUCCCGGGAACCUUUCGUUCGGGCAGGGACUUAUUCGACGCUGAACUACUCAGAAGUCGUGAAUCCAUUAGAGCUUUUUAUUUAUUCAUGGGUUCACUUAAAGAGUUGAUCUUAAAUGCAACUCCAACAGCCACCCAUUUUUUUCUUAAAAAGUUGGCCGAUAUGAAGAAAUUAACCCGAGUUUAUACCCAAAACGUAGAUAAUCUCGAGGAAUUGGAUGCUCGGCUGGAGCAGGGAAGGCGACCUCAUACCAUCGGACAGUUAAAGCCAACUGUUCUUCUUUACGGUGACGAACACCCAAAAGGAUAUGAGAUUAGCCAAAUCGCUGCCCAAGAUGAGAACAGGGCUGAUUGCCUUGUAGUGAUGGGUACGUCGUUGAGAAUUCCUGGCGUUAGAAGUCUCAUCAAGAAUUUUUCCCGAGCCGUUCAUGACCGCAACGGUUACGUAAUACUGGUGAAUAAGUCGGAUGUGGUUAGACGAGAGUGGAAUGGUAUAAUAGAUUAUCAAAUAGAGGGCACUUGUGAUGAAUGGGUUAAGUUGGUCGAAGUCGAGUUAUCCAAGAUUGAGAAGAAAAUGACAUUGAAAAAACUUCCCAAGAACAUUGUGGUUGAAAAGAAAGAAAGUAAAAAGAGGUUACCAGGUGAAAGGGUAGCAUUGGAAAAACCGGAAAAGAAGUCAAAGAUUAGUAAGGAACAAUCGGAAAAGAAUAUAAGAGAAAACCGAGUUGGAGAAAAAGCGAGAAGGACAAGAAACUCCAAGAUUAAGCCGUCAGCCGAAAAAAUCGAUCGAAGAUCAGACAGAUUCAAGAGGAAGAUCGCCGAAGUCGAUCCGGAUUCACAGACCACGUUAAACAUGAAGAGAACAAAGAAAAUUGCUUCAAAGCAGAAGUCGACAAACA